UCGAUGGCGCGCUCCUAGUGACGUGAACUGUUAGCCGGUUAGCAUUUCCAAACAAAAAACAUUGCGUGUUUACAUUUACGCUGAUGCAAAUUGAUCUUAACAGUUGUUUUCGCUAUGUUGCCCCAAUUUUGGCACGUCCAGUCCUCACUUUUAUGUCCAGUGCAGAGAAUAAAAGCAGACAUUGAAACUUAAGGGUGUGUUGCUCAUACGACUGGCAGAUCUGAAUCUCGAAUAAGCUUUGAAUUGCAGUGCUUUUUGAUCUGUGCAAACAUACACGCGACAUAUUUCGAAAAGCAAGUCAUAAAGUCCUGCAAUGGAUUCUGCACCUGAUGAAAAUGGAGACUUCAAAGGUUCCUCUGGAUCUCCAAAAGGGACACGAGAGAAGCGAAGCACUAGAGAUAACAGCAAGCCGAGCCAUAGGAAGAGCCUGCAGGAGGCACGGAGGAAGGGAAGAAUGGAUCGGAGUAAAGCAGAGGAGGAGAUGAGCGGUCGGCUCCAAGACCUGGAUGUCCGCGGGAAGACUAAAGCGGCAGGAACCGGUCUCGUCUAUGUGGACGCGUUCAUUCGCUAUCACUGCCUCUGGGACAGCAGUCAUCCAGAGCGUCCAGAGAGAGUGGCUGUUGUAAUGGACACGCUGGAUAAAGAGGGUUUGCUGGCACGCUGCGUACGGGUCGAGGCCAAAGCUGCAUCAGAGGACGAGCUCUUACUCGUUCAUACGAAAGAGUACAUCGAGCUGAUGAGAUCCACACAGAAUAUGACAGAAGAAGAACUGAAGACGCUUGCUGAUCAAUAUGACUCUGUCUAUCUCCAUCCUGAACUUUUCGCUUCGGCUUGUUUGGCGGUGGGAUCGGUUCUCCAAAUGGUGGAUAAGGUGAUGAUGUCACAGCUGCGUAACGGGUUCUGUGUCGUCAGGCCUCCUGGUCACCACGCUCACGUAGAUCAGAUGAACGGCUACUGUAUGUUCAAUAACCUGGCUAUAGCGGCACGAUACGCUCAGAAACGGCACGGAGCGGAACGAGUUCUGAUUGUGGAUUGGGACGUGCAUCACGGCCAGGGAAUCCAGUAUAUGUUUGAAGAGGAUCCCAGUGUGCUGUACUUCUCAGUGCACAGAUAUGAAGACGGCUCGUUCUGGCCUCACCUCAAAGAGUCUGCGAGCAGUUCUGUAGGUUCAGGAGCGGGUCAGGGCUACAACAUCAACGUACCCUGGAACAAGACAGGAAUGGAAGAUGGAGAUUACGUGGCAGUUUUCCAGCAGGUCCUCCUGCCGGUGGCGUACGAGUUUCAGCCGCAGCUGGUGUUAGUGGCGGCAGGCUUUGACUCUGUGAUCGGAGACCCGAAGGGUGAGAUGCGAGCGAGUCCACGGUGUUUCUCCAUCCUGACUCACGUGCUGAAAGGCAUCGCUCAGGGGCGACUCGUGAUGGCCCUAGAGGGUGGAUAUAACCUGGAGUCCACUGCUGAGGGUGUUUGUGCAUCUGUGAGGUCACUUCUGGGCGACCCCUGCCCUCAUCUGACCUCUCCCGGUACCCCGAGUGAGAGUGCACUGAAGUCCAUCUCACAGACCAUCUCAGCCCUGUAUCCAUUUUGGAAGAGUCUUCAGACGCUUGAGGGCGGUCCUCUGUCUGAUGUCACACCCCUGCCCGCACCAGUAUGUGCAGACGUAAAGGUUUCUUCCUCCGUCACCGGGCUGGUUUAUGACCAGAUGAUGAUGCUCCAUCACAACAUGUGGGAUAGUCAUCACCCAGAACUCCCUCAGAGAAUCUCACGAAUCUUUGCCCGUCACGAGGAGUCGGGCCUGCUGUCUCGUUGCCAUCGGAUACCAACUCGCUUAGCAACGGAAGAAGAGCUGGCACUAUGCCACAGUUCGGAGCACAUCAGCACUAUGAAGAACACAGAGCGCAUGAAGCCCAGAGAUCUUCAUCGACUGGGGAACGAUUACAAUUCCAUUUACAUCAGUAACGAGAGCUAUAAAUGUGCCCUGAUGGCCGCCGGAGCGUGUUUGAACUCCGUACAGGCCAUUCUCACAGGCCAGGUGAGAAACGGUGUGGCUAUAGUCCGUCCUCCAGGUCACCAUGCAGAGGAAGACAAAGCCUGUGGUUUCUGUUUCUUUAACACGACUGCGCUGACGGCACGCUUCGCCCAGAGCAUCACCAGCCAAUCGCUGCGCGUCCUCAUCCUCGACUGGGACGUUCAUCAUGGAAACGGCACACAGCACAUCUUUGAGGCGGACGACAGCGUUCUGUACAUCUCCCUGCAUCGCUACGAAGACGCAACGUUCUUCCCCAGCUCUGAGGACGCUAACUAUGAUCAGGUGGGACGAGGGAAAGGAAAAGGUUACAAUGUCAACAUCCCCUGGAACGCAGGGAAGAUGGGAGACGCCGAAUACAUGGCGGCUUUCCAUCAUGUAGUGAUGCCCAUAGCCAGAGAGUUUGCUCCGGAGCUGGUGCUGGUGUCUGCUGGGUUUGAUGCGGCACGGGGCGAUCCGUUAGGAGGGUAUCAGGUCACACCUGAGGGUUACGCCCAUCUCACCCACAUGCUAAUGAGUCUAGCAGCCGGCAGAGUGCUGGUCAUACUAGAGGGAGGAUAUAACCUCACCUCCAUUUCUGAAUCCAUGUCCAUGUGCACCAGUAUGUUACUGGGAGAUUCGCCUCCCGCUCUGUCCAGCCUAAACCCUCCUCACCCCAGUGCUGCUGUCACCAUAAACAAUGUCCUGCGCGCUCAUGCCCCCUACUGGAGAUCCCUGAGAAUACAGCUACCAGAGUCUCUCCGCUUGUGUUUACCAUCUCCAAAACCCAAAGGCAAGCGGACGUCAGUGGGCAAAAGUAAGAAAUCUCCUCGCCAGUCCACCCCCUCCCAAAGUACCAGACAGGUACCGCAGCAUCACGCCUCCCCCGAAGCCUCGGCUCCGCCCACUGCUGCCCACGAGCAGUCCGGCCUCGAUGACCUCACUCAGGGCAUGCUCGCUCUGGAUCUAUACACGAGUGCCUCAUCUAACCCCAGCCCUACGUCAGUUCCCAUUGGAGGAGCCAGACGUAAGGUAAAACCUUCAGCCGGACAGAUGUCAGGUUCACCUCUAAAAUUGGUGUCAGAGAACACCAAAGACGAAAACGGCACGAGUGUGACCACGGACAUGACAUCAGAGGGAUCUACCCUGAAAUCCGAGGCCACUGUAGAAUCAGGUGGUGCCGGUGACCGUAAAGGAGCCUGUGGUCACACAGAGAAAUCAGUGUUUGAGCUGGUGUGUGGAGCCCAAGAUGUAGAUGGGGAGACGAUGUUCGUGGUGGACCCGUUGUCAUGGUGCCCACACUUGGAGUCCGUGCGGCCGGUGCCCGCAGGUGGCGUCGACGUCUUCCUGCCGUGUGAAGAUUGUGGGGGGGAUGCUGAGAACUGGAUGUGUCUCUUUUGCUACAAGGUGCUCUGCGGGCGUUAUGUAAACCAGCACAUGGUGACCCACGGCCAGCUGUCGGGUCAUCCUCUGGUACUGAGUUUCGCUGAUCUUUCGGUUUGGUGCUAUGCCUGCGAGUCAUACGUCCACAACAAGGCGCUCUAUGAAGUCAAAAACGCGGCUCAUUUAUUGAAGUUUGGAGAAGAGAUGGCUCCUUUCAACUAAACCGGCAGAUGGCAGGAUUCAUAGCCAAACAAGCAGAAGAAAUGUGUGUUAUUGUGUGCAUGUAUUUUGUUCUGUAGUUUGUGUGUGUUGAAUUCAAGUAUUUUUUCUCGCUCGCUUCUGUCACCUUUAUCUUCAUCUGGAAUGAUGUUCUUCAUUGGUUGUUAUCCUGCCAACUAUGAGGCCAUUUGCCAAAAUACUUAUUUUAGAUUUAUGUUGCAAGCUAUCCUAAAUCUUGAUCAAAAUUUUAAUUGUCUGUGCAAAUUCACGUGUAACUUUUUUAAUUUACUGUAAUUUGAUUUUAUACAGUUACCCCGAAAACAAUAAUAGUUUACUAGUAGCAUGGUGCUUAAUUCACAAAUCUCCACCAGCCUUCUUUAUAGGAUUUUGAAUGAUUUGUUUAUCAAGUCACAGGCAACGUUUUGCACUGUACUGUUCAGAUUUUAUUUUGUUAUUGCUCAACUCCAGGCCACGAUGAUCAAAUAAUAACAAAUAUAAUACCUUGAUGAUAAAGCAAUAUAUAGUGCAAUAUAUCCCGUAACAGUCUGAAGACUCUGUGUCGCCAAGCUAUUUUUCUGUUACAUUUCCUUUUGUUCUUUUUGCACAUGAUAUAGUAACACAAUUAUAUGCUCUUAUGUUAUCUGAAAAUCAACUUUGUAACUUUUGGUACACAUUGCAAAGUAAAUAAUAAAACCUUCCAGUGUUCUUACA